CGCGUCAGGGCGCAAGGCUGGCUGUCGAGGCGGAGGGGGGGAGAGAGAGAGCGGGCGCGCGGGCGGGCGCGCGGCCUCGUUCUGGACUGGGCCUGGGCGGCGCUGCGGGGCUCCAUCCAUCCUCCGGAGCCUUGAGAGGUGCUGAAUUCUGAAUAUUGAACAAAAGUGUCGUGCUUGGAUUAGUCUAGUCAGUUCCCUCUGUUUUGCGUUAAAGUGACUGUCUCCUGGAGGAUUAUUGGCAGAGAGAAAUCUUUUGGAAACAUUCUCUCCUGAAUCGCCUUGAAGUUUUAUCCACAGUCAUGUGGUCACUACAGCUGCUAUUCUUCACAGUAUUCUUGGCAUCCGCUGUCCAUUCUUUUAGCCGUGCCCCUGUUCCGAUGGCUGUGGUCCGGAGAGAACUGUCCUGUGAAAGCUACCCCAUAGAAUUGCGUUGCCCAGGAACAGAUGUUAUCAUGAUUGAAAGUGCCAACUAUGGCAGGACAGAUGAUAAAAUCUGUGACUCUGAUCCUGCUCAGAUGGAGAAUAUCCGCUGCUAUCUGCCAGAUGCCUAUAAGAUUAUGACUCAAAGGUGCAGCAACCGGACACAGUGUGCAGUGGUAGCAGGCCCAGAUGUUUUUCCUGACCCUUGUCCAGGAACAUACAAGUACUUAGAAGUGCAAUAUGAAUGUGUCCCUUACAAAGUGGAACAAAAAGUUUUUCUUUGCCCUGGACUACUAAAAGGAGUAUAUCAAAGUGAACAUUUAUUUGAGUCUGACCACCAGUCAGGAGCCUGGUGUAAGGAUCCCCUGCAGGCUUCUGACAAGAUCUACUACAUGCCAUGGACCCCCUACAGAACGGAUACCCUGACGGAGUACUCUUCUAAAGAUGAUUUCAUAGCUGGAAGACCAACCACAACAUACAAGCUCCCACACCGGGUAGAUGGUACAGGGUUUGUGGUGUAUGAUGGGGCUUUGUUUUUCAACAAAGAACGAACAAGGAAUAUUGUCAAAUUUGAUCUACGGACGAGAAUAAAAAGUGGGGAAGCUAUCAUUGCCAAUGCCAACUACCAUGACACUUCCCCUUACAGGUGGGGAGGCAAAACUGAUAUAGACCUCGCUGUGGAUGAGAAUGGCCUUUGGGUAAUCUAUGCAACAGAACAAAACAAUGGUAAAAUUGUCAUCAGUCAACUGAAUCCUUACACUUUGCGGAUUGAAGGCACAUGGGAUACAUCUUAUGACAAGAGGUCAGCUUCCAAUGCAUUCAUGGUCUGUGGCAUUUUGUAUGUGGUGAAAUCUGUCUAUGAGGAUGAUGAUAAUGAAGCAACUGGAAAUAAAAUAGACUACAUUUACAACACUGACCAAAGCAAGGAGAGUGUGGUGGAUGUCCCUUUCCCAAACUCAUAUCAGUAUAUUGCUGCUGUGGAUUAUAACCCAAGGGACAACCUACUUUAUGUAUGGAACAACUAUCAUGUCGUUAAAUAUUCUUUGGAUUUUGGACCUCUGGACAGCAGGACAGGACAGAUACAUUAUGGUCAAGUUUCUUACCUUGUUCCUCCAAUUCAUCUGGACUCUGAUCUUGAGAGACAAUCAUUUAAAGCGUCAACAUCUGGAGCCAUGGGUCUAGGUGGGACUACGACAAGCACCACAGCACGCAUUAUUACCAGCAGCAGUACUACACACAUGACCACCACACCAGCUUUGGGCAAAAGGAACAGGAGCACAAUUACACCUUCUCCAGCUCUGGAUGUCCCCAAUGAACUGAUCACAUACCUACCACCUGCAUCUUCCCAGUUGCCUGCAAUAGGAACAGAGAGCUGUGAGACUAUGGAAGCCCGUGAGAUCAUGUGGUUUAAAACUCGACAAGGACAGGUAGCUAAGCAGCCAUGCCCCAGAGGAACCGUAGGUGUUUCAACGUUUCUCUGCCUUGCUCCUGGUGGUGUCUGGGAUCCCCAAGGGCCAGACCUGAGCAACUGUUCUUCACUUUGGGUCAAUCAUAUUACACAGAAGUUGAAAUCUGGAGAGACAGCUGCCAAUGUUGCUAGAGAACUAGCUGAGCAAACAAAAACGCAUCUGAAUGCUGGUGACAUCACCUAUUCAGUUCGUGCCAUGGAUCAGUUGGUGGGUCUAUUGGAUGUGCAGCUUCGAAACCUGACACCCGGUGGAAAAGAUAGUGCUGCCCGUAGCUUAAACAAGCUUCAGAAACGGGAACGCUCCUGCAGAGCCUAUGUCCAGGCUAUGGUUGAAACGGUCAAUAACCUCCUUCAGCCACAGGCUUUGAAUGCCUGGCGGGAUCUUCCUGCAAGUGAUCAGCUACGUGCAGCAACCAUGUUACUGGACACUGUGGAAGAAAGUGCCUUUGUGCUGGCUGACAACCUUCUCAAGACUGAUAUUGUGAGGGAGAGUACUGACAAUAUUCAGCUGGAAGUAGCAAGAUUAAGUACGGAAGGAAACUUGGAAGGCCUGAAGUUUCCACAGAAUACAGGCUAUGGUAGUACUAUCCAGCUGUCAGCAAACACAUUGAAACAGAAUGGUCGAAAUGGUGAAAUCCGAGUGGCCUUUGUCCUGUACAACAACCUGGGCCCCUACCUGUCCACAGAAAAUGCCAGCAUGAAACUGGGGUUGGAAGCAAUGUCAACAAAUCAUUCUUUAAUAGUCAAUUCUCCAAUUAUCACAGCAGCAAUAAACAAAGAAUUCAGCAAUAAGGUUUAUUUGGCUGAUCCUGUGGUGUUCACUGUCAAGCACAUUAAGCAGUCAGAGGAAAAUUUCAACCCCAACUGUUCAUUCUGGAGCUAUUCUAAACGCACAAUGACAGGGUAUUGGUCAACUCAAGGAUGUCGUCUACUGGUGACAAACAAGACACACACUACAUGUUCCUGUAAUCACCUAACCAACUUUGCUGUCCUGAUGGCCCAUGUGGAAGUGAAGCAUGGUGAUGCAGUCCACAACCUCCUCCUGGAUGUCAUUACCUGGGUCGGCAUUCUCCUGUCCCUUGUCUGCCUCCUGUUCUGUAUCUUUACCUUCUGCUUCUUUCGUGGGCUCCAGAGUGACAGAAACACUAUCCAUAAAAACUUGUGUAUCAGCCUGUUUGUGGCAGAGCUUCUCUUCCUCAUUGGGAUCAACAGAGCAGACCAGCCGAUAGCCUGUGCUGUAUUUGCUGCCCUCUUGCACUUCUUCUUCCUUUCUGCAUUCACGUGGAUGUUUCUGGAGGGAGUACAGCUCUACAUCAUGUUGGUCGAGGUCUUUGAAAGUGAACAUUCACGGAGAAAAUACUUCUACUUGGUUGGCUAUGGCAUGCCUGCCCUGAUUGUGGCUGUUUCAGCAGCAGUGGACUACAGAAGUUAUGGCACAGGAAAAGUAUGUUGGCUUCGACUUGACACUUACUUCAUCUGGAGUUUUAUAGGACCGGCAACUUUGAUAAUUAUGCUUAAUGUAAUCUUCCUUGGAAUUGCUCUUUAUAAAAUGUUUCAUCAUACUGCCAUAUUGAAACCUGAAUCUGGGUGUCUCGACAAUAUCAACUUUGAGGAUAACAGACCCUUCAUCAAGUCCUGGGUUAUUGGUGCAAUAGCUCUGCUCUGUCUAUUAGGAUUGACGUGGGCCUUUGGACUCAUGUAUAUUAAUGAAAGCACAGUCAUCAUGGCAUACCUCUUCACCAUUUUCAAUUCUCUACAGGGAAUGUUUAUAUUCAUUUUCCACUGUGUUCUACAGAAAAAGGUACGUAAAGAAUAUGGGAAAUGCCUGCGUACACACUGCUGUAGUGGGAAAAGUACAGAGAGCUCCAUUGGCUCAGGCAAAACCUCUGGAUCCCGAACUCCAGGACGAUAUUCCACAGGAUCACAGAGCCGUAUUCGCAGGAUGUGGAAUGACACUGUUCGAAAGCAGUCAGAGUCCUCCUUCAUCACUGGUGAUAUAAACAGUUCUGCAUCACUUAACAGAGGAGCCAUGGCUAACCAUCUUAUAACCAAUGCUCUUCUUCGUCCUCAUGGCACUAACAACCCUUAUAACACAUUGCUCGGGGAAUCGGCCGUCUAUAACAACCCUUCCGUCAGCAUGUACAACACGCCAGAGCCCUACAGAGAGACAAAGGGGCUUCUGAACAAUGCCAGGGAUACAAGUGUCAUGGAUACUCUACCACUGAAUGGUAACCACGGCAAUAGCUACAGCAUUGCCAGCAGUGAGUACCUGAGCAACUGUGUGCAGAUCAUUGACCAUAGUUAUAACCAGAACGAGACUGCCUUAGAGAAAAAGAUUCUGAAAGAACUCACCUCCAACUAUAUACCUUCCUAUCUGAACAACCAUGAGUGCGCCAAUGAGCAGAGUAGGAAUCUGAUGAACACGUUUGUCAACAAUCUGGGCAGUGGGAAUGAGGAUGAUGCCAUUGUUCUUGAUGAUGUCACCUCAUUCAACCAAGAAGAGACCAUGGGCUUGGAACUCAUCCAUGAGGAAUCAGAUGCCCCAUUGCUACCCCCCAGGGUGUACUCUGCCGAGAACCACCAGCCUCACCAUUACAGCAGGAGACGGAUUCCGCAAGACAACAGUGAAAGUUUUUUCCCCUUGCUGACCAAUGAGCACACAGAAGAUCUCCAGUCACCCAACAGAGAUUCUCUUUAUACAAGUAUGCCUACUCUGGCCAGCAUGCCAACCACAGAAGGUGUCACCACCAGCAGUCAGUCCGAAACCCCGGCAGCUAAAAGUGGUGAUGCUGAUGAUGUGUACUACAAGAGUAUGCCAAACCUGGGCUCCAGGAACCACGUCCAGCAGCUACACACUUAUUACCAGUUGGGGCGUGGCAGCAGUGAUGGGUUUAUAGUCCCACCAAACAAGGAUGGGACCCCAGCAGAAGGAACUUUGAAAGGACCAGCUCACUUGGUCACUAGUCUAUAGAACACUAAGGAAACAUUUUAACAAAGCAAAUGCCCCUUGUCCAACACUUGGAUGACUGUUUGGAGUUAAAAUGGUGAUAAUAUUGUGUGUUCCCCUACUUCAUGCUGAUCUAAACAACAAACACUUCUCAUAUCUUUUUAAUGGAAUUUGUAGGCCCACCCAGAAAGAAUGCUAACUGCUGUGAUCCCCCGUCCUGUCCCUUGCCCUGCCCCACACCAGAGAGACUUCCAUGUGCUAGUUAAAGGGAGCUGGCAGCAAGUGGUCCACUCCUGGAUCUCCUCAAAUUAUACUGUCUGUAAACAUUUUCAGAUGUGCUCUUCCUCUUAUUGCCAAGGACCUGGUUUACAAAAGGCCAAACAUGCAUUCAAAACUACUAGCAAUGAUGGAGUGCUGCACAAAUCAGAAGCAAAAAUAGUCAAAACUGUUUAAUCUGAAUCUGUAUCACAUAAUAGUUUAUGGUCUCUUACCACUUGAUAUAACCACAGCUUCCUCAGCUGUGGAGCAAACAAUACCUAAGGAAAUAGAAAGGAAGUCUGUAAUUUUAUGCUGCACAGCAUAUUUUUAUGUUUUUCUGUAUUAACUGAUGAUAAUUCUAAUGGCAGAAAAAAUGGAACAACUCCUAUGUAAUGUACAGAUACUAGCAUUGCACAUAUAGUCUGCUUUUUGUUCCGCCAGAACUUGCGUCCCUGUUAAUGUAGUGGAAAAACAAACAAUCUUUUCUGUUGUGCUGGUCUUGCAAGUUUGUCUACCAGUAGAAGCAAGAAUUUUUCAUACAUCCUGUUUUGGCCAUUUUCCAUUAAAAAAAAUCCACUGGAUAAAACAAAGUAAUUUACUUUAUAAAGACCUUUCUUUUCAAUAAUAUACACCACAUUUCUGCCGUAUAAUAGACAUUUCCUCCACACCUUACUCCUUUACUUUGUCUAUGAGCUCGCCAAUAUACACUUCUUCAAACUAGAAACCAGGACAUAUGUGGAUGUUUUUAGGCACAACCGAUGAGAUGUGGCAGCACUUGUGGCAACCAGCCUUUCACGAAAGUGUUAGGUACCUUUCUAGGAGCCUGGAUAAGUUCAUAAAGAGGCUUUCUGCAUGUGAACUUGGUACCUCUGCAGAAGCCAAUGUCUAAUGCUUAGACAAGAAAAUUUUACUAUAAUUCAAAACAUUGACUCAGAGAAAUGAAUUUUUACAAAUUGUUUUGAAGUGGGAAAAAUAUUUCCAUUGUUUUUCCUGCUAGGAAAUCUAUUUAUUUGACAAGAUUUAAAGUAAUGUAUUCCUUCCCAAGAGGUCAAUUAGCAGCACAGAUUCUACCUUUUAAAAAUUACAAUACGUUUUGUAUGAUCACAGAAGUAAAUGACCUCAUUACUAAUAUUUGUUGUAAAAGUGAGAUUUGUUUGCUAACCAAUAAACAUCUGAUGAUGAUUUAGAAGGCACUGUAUGUAUGUCCUGUACAGUCUCUCCUAACUGAUCUUUUCCCAUCUAUAGCAAAAGAUUUUAGUUCCUUUAGAAUGAAGAUAGCUAUGCAAAUAAAAGAUUAUUCAGCACAAAAUUAUGCAGAGAGGAUCUGAACUAAAGUAGUGGCAUUGAUGCAAUUAAUUUGCACCUUGUUGACAUUACAUAUAGAGCAGUCAUGGGGAAGUCAGAGUAGAUUUGGGAUUGUGUGGCAUGAAAAAGGAAGAGGAGGAGGAGCUUAGUUUUCUUUUCCCUCUCCAUUACAAUCCAAACAAAAGCCUUUCUGCAAUUAUCUGCCUAUCAAGGGAAGCUGCUGCUCACGCCAGAGCGCUUUCCAUGAAAUGCAAAUACUAUCAUCAGAGAAUAGGUUUUGUCUGAUAGAGGAAGAUAUUCACUCUCACAAAUGUGCACGCCACAAACAUGCAUGAAUGUACAUGUGCACACACACAAACAUAUACACCUCCCGAACAGACCCUAAACUGCUAAGGCUUCCCUUAGUGGCUACGUGUUUAUGAGGAACACAUUAAUUGCCUUCAGGUAAUUAACAUCACAUCGAGUUUGGUCUUGUAUUUUGUCAGCUCAUGUGAUGCCUCUCCAGGAAUGUUUAUCCUUUGUUUUCCUGCUUGCCAUUGUUAAUUUCAUUUUCAAGAAAGAAACCAUUACUCUCAAUCAGAUUAGCAUGCUAAAAACUGGGAAAUAAUUAAUUGAGAAGAGCCCACUAAAUUCAUGAGAAAAUGAGAUAGCCAUACUGAAUUGUAUCUCCUAGAGAGUUGUUGAGAGAUCUUUUUUGGCAUUCCACACCCUGACCUAAGUGCUCUUUUGUCGAUACUUGCUUGCAGGAUUUUGCAAAAUAAAUUAAAAUAAAUUCA